UCUCUUGAGCUCUAGAGUUGAUAGAAUCGGAGCUACAUACUGAAUUUGGAAAGAGAUAAACAUGGCGAAUCCAUCGAUGUAUAUAAUGAUUGCAGUUUUUGCUAUGAUCUUGGCUUCAUCGGCCUCCGCCGAUGAUGUUAUCGUACUCACGGAGGAUAAUUUCGACAAGGAGGUUGGUCAAGAUCGUGGUGCUCUUGUAGAGUUUUACGCUCCUUGGUGUGGCCACUGUAAAAAACUGGCUCCUGAAUAUGAGAAGCUUGGUGCAAGUUUCAAGAAAGUAAAGUCUGUGUUGAUUGGAAAGGUUGAUUGCGAUGAACACAAGGCAGUUUGUAGCAAAUAUGGUGUUUCUGGGUACCCAACAAUUCAAUGGUUUCCCAAGGGUUCUUUGGAACCAAAAAGUAA